AUGUCUAAGUUAUCAAAUAAUUUGACAUGUAUAGUUUGUGAAAAAAAAACGUAUUCGAUUAAGGAGUUUACACUUCAUGGAGCUAAUGAAUGCAUUCCAGACUUAUUUGAAUACUUUGGACUUCCAAAAGUAACAAAUAUUAUGGAGCUAUUGGAGGCACAAGAGAAAGUUGCGCAAUUAGAGGAGCAGAUAAAUUCUUUAAAAGUUAAAUUGGAAAGUGCAAAGACUAAGAAAAGAAGGUUGUCUAUUGGUUCGACCUCUAGUACUUUCAUGGAUGAGGACCAAUCAUAUCAUUCACAAACAUCAACAACAACAACAUCAUCAACACCAACUACAUCAUCAACACCAACACCAAUACCAAAACCAGCACUAACAUCAACAUCUAACUGUAACACUCCUGCGGCAUUCAAAAUCAAAGAAGAAAAUAAACAAGAACAAUUUGAUUAUAGAAUAUCUGCACUCCAUAUCGCAAAUCCCAAUACAAAAGAUUCGUUAGUGGGUGUUGAUAAAUCAUUAAUUGACAAGUGUUCCAAUUGUGGACAGAAGUGCACCACAAGAAUCAAAGCUAAAUCAUCAUGUAUGCCUCCUGUUCCCGGAUCCUAUAUCCACUUUUGUACCUAUAAUUGUAUGGUGGCAUAUCUUAGCAAAACAUCUGCAGGAGUAUGGAAAAAUAAAGCAGACGAGUUAUAUAAACUAAUAUAUCCAUUGGAUUCAAAAGAAAAGAACAGCAAAGAGAAAGAGAAAGUAAAGAAGUGCAAGGAGAAAGAGAAAGUAAUGAAGAGCAAGGAGAAAGAGGAAGAAGAAGAAGACGAUGAAGAAGAUGAUGAAGACGAAGUGAAAGAUGAUAAAAAAGAAACUGAACAAGUUAAAGUAACAGAUCAUUAUUUAAAUACUUUGUCUCAAGCAGACUUAAAGUCACUGAUAGGUUUAUCUUUAAAUGACUUCAAUAAGUUAUUUGAUUCAGUAUUGAAACAUAAAAAAAACAUUGAAAUUAAAAAAAAAUCUAACCGAGGUAGAAAGCCACUCUAUCCCUUAAAAGGGAAGCUGUUUAUCACUCUCGUUUAUUUAAAACACUAUGUCAAGUCAAUAAUCACAUCAAUAAUCUUUGGAAUAUCAAGGAGCACAGCUGAGGAAUAUUACAACGAAAUAAUCGAUUUAAUGUAUGAAAUGUCACUGGAAUCUUUUAAACAUUUGGUAACCUCUGUCGUUGAUGGAUCCGAACAAAGAGUUGUUGUACCUUUGGAUGAAGAAGAAAAGAUUAACUUUUACAGUGGAAAAAAAGGAUUUUCAUCAAUAACCAAAUUGGUAUUCGCAAGUCCAGACGGAAAGAUUCAGCAUAUGGCUGAAUCUCGACCAGGUUCCAGGAAUGAUCAAGGAAUGAUGUACGAAGUCGAUGAAUUUCUCAAAUCUUUCGAUGAUUCAUGGGAGUACAUAAUGGGAGACAAAGGAUUUCAAGGAUCACACCAUUUAUACAAAAAAUUUAUAGUUAUUGACAGGGAAAAUAGAAAGGAUGGAAAAGAGGAUAGCUUAAAAGAAGCAGAUAAUAGAUUCAAGUCUGUAAGAAUCAUUAUAGAAAAUGUUUUUGCUCACAUUAAAAAGUGGGCAAUUACAUAUCGACUCAUGGAAUCAACAGUAAAGAAUAUGAGACCAUACUGUGUUGGAUCUAUCUCACCUGAGCAAACGGAACAUGAAAUUGAAAGUAAAUUCAAAGAGUUGCAUGAAUUCCUUGUUGUAGAAUAA